AUGGCUUUGGGUUUGAUAGAAAGUGGGUAUAGCUUUUUGUGGGUGGUGAAGUUGAAGGUUGUUGAUAAAGAAGAGGAGGAGGGUUUGGAGGAUGUGUUGGGGAGUGAGUUGAUGAAUAAGGUGAAGGAAAAGGGUGUGGUUGUGAAGGAGUUUGUGGAUCAGAUGGGGAUUCUAGGCCACCCUUCAGUGGGGGGCUUUGUGAGUCAUGGAGGGUGGAACUCAGUAAUAGAGAGUGUGUGGGAAGGAGUGCCUAUUCUGACAUGGCCUCAGGGUGGGGAUCAGAAGAUAACAUCAGAGGCAGUGAGGAUAAAUGGUGUGGGAAUUUGGCCUCAGGAGUGGGGGUGGGGAUCAGAGCAUGUUGUGAAAUGGAAAGAGAUUGCUGACAGAAUCAAAGAGAUGAUGGGGAAUGAAUCUCUGAGGGUCAAAGCCGAAGAAAUGAAGAAGGCUGCUAGAAAUGCUGCUGGUGUUGGUGGGAGUUGUGAGGUUAUUGUUAAGAAGCUAAUUGAUGAAUGGAAGAAAAAUGUUCAAGCUACCUGA